AUGGAUCGAAUACAGGAAAAUCAAAAGAAAGCAGUGAAUCUCUGUGAGUUGUACGCAGAUGAUAGCGAAGAUGUAACCGAGCAGAAAGAGCAACGUGGCCUUGAUGCUCAAUUCUUGCUUCGUUCUACUACUGAAGACAUUGAAAAAUAUUCAAUUCAUCUGAGGAAACAAUUACUAGAAGGCGAAGGAGAGUGUCUAAUUGAACUCGGUGUCCCAAUCAAUUCCAACUCUAAAAAUCCAAAGCUUGGAAUUCCAGAAGACGAGUUUCAGAAGGCCGUAGAUGCCCAUCAGAAAAUUCUUGAGAAAAUUCCUGCAAUUGGAACACACGUCGUCCGUCGUAAACAGGCUGGAAAUUUAGUAACAGAAGUAUGGUUGAUUCGUGAUCCGCCAGAAGAGAAAGACUUCAUCGAGGCUCGUGUAGCUGUGGUUGGAAAUGUGGAUGCUGGAAAAUCCACGCUGCUGGGAGUGUUGACACAUUCAGCUUUGGAUGAUGGACGUGGAGCAGCUAGAACUAAAUUAUUCAGACAUAAACAUGAAUUCGAAAGUGGAAGAACUUCUUCGGUUGGAAACGAUAUUCUCGGAUUCGAUGUUCAUGGAAACGUUGUCAAUAAACCAGAUCCCCAUAAUCACAAUUUGGAUUGGAUUCAAAUUGGAUCAGAUUGUGCAAAAUUGGUGACAUUUAUUGAUUUGGCUGGACAUGAGAAAUAUCUGAAAACUACAAUCUUCGGAAUGACUGGUCACAUGCCAGACUAUACAAUGUUAAUGAUUGGAGCGAAUAUGGGAAUUAUUGGAACAACAAAAGAACAUCUCUCAUUGGCUCUCUCACUUCAUGUACCCGUUUAUCUGGUUGUCACUAAAAUUGAUAUGUGUCCAGCCAAUAUUCUUGAAGAGACUAUGAAAAAUAUUACGAGAUUGGUGAGAAGUGCCAAAAAACUCCCGAUUCUGGUACGGAAUAUGGAUGAUGUUGUGCAUGCGGCCGUCAAUUUUCCAAGCAAAAAAGUGUGUCCAAUCUUCCAAGUAUCUAACGUAGACGGAACAAAUCUCCCACUUCUUCGUCAAUUCCUGAAUGUUGUUCCACUUCGUCGAUCACUCAACGAAAAUGAUCCAGCUCAUUUCCAGAUUGAUGACAUCUAUUGGGUCGAUGGAGUUGGUACAAUUGCCAGUGGAACACUACUCUCUGGAACAAUUCGUCUCAACGACAUUCUUCUUCUCGGACCAACUUCGAACGGGGAUUUCCAACCAAUUCCAAUCAAGUCAAUUCAUCGAAAACGUAUGCCAGUUGGAAUAGUGAAAUGUGGACAGUCUGCAUCGUUUGCGCUAAAAAAAGUGCCGAAAAAAGAUGUUCGUAAAGGAAUGGUUCUAGUGGAUCCAAAAAUCAAACCAGUCGCUAGUAUGUUGUUUGAUGCCGAAAUUCUCGUUCUCCAUCAUCCAACAACUAUCAAACCGAAUUAUCAAGCGAUGCUUCACAUUGGAUCAGUUCGACAGACUGCCACAUUGGUUUCCAUGGGAAAAGAAGUUCUUCGAACUGGUGAUCGUGACAAAGUGCAGUUCAAAUUCAUUCGUCAACCAGAAUAUAUCCGUCCAGGAACAAAAAUGGUAUUCCGUGAAGGACGAACAAAAGCAGUUGGAACUGUUCUUUCGGUUGUUCCGCAAGAAUCAUUGGCACAGCAACGGGCUAAACAAAAAGAGGGUAGAAAUAAGCAUUACGGUAAAAAAACGAAUGGGCCAAAACCACCAAAUGGUAAACCGAAAGUUGAGAAACAGCUGGAGUCACUAUCGAUCGACAAAAUCGCCGAAGUCUGA